GCAUGCGUAUCAAAGCCUCUGCUUCUGCCAGCGCUAAGUGACUGCUGAAAAACAAAGGCAGAGAGAGAGACGCGGCUAGGAAAUGUCACCAGUCAUUCUUAAUAGAGCGAAUAAACCAUAAACAGUCAAUAGUGUUAUUGUUUGAGGGGCGAGUUCACAGAACCGUCAUCAUUGCUUUUGCUGUUUGUGGGCGAACGAGACUCCAGAUCUCGCAACAUUUGAAAUCCUGCCUUCUGGCAGACAGUUGGGUUUGGAUUUCCAGUCGUGAAGAAGGAAGUUACCUGCGCGCUCAUCUGCCGAUGGAGAGGCGCUGUCCGUGGUUCUGAAGCCGUUUCAGUAACUCCUAUUAUCUCACCUCUGGCCUCCUGUGAAGACGACUUAAGGGUUCCUCCGAAAACCAACAGUCAGACGGAAACAAACAAACAGAAAAGCCUAAUAUGGUAACUCAAACCAGAGUUCACCUGCACACUUUGUUACUUUUGAUUUUUGUCGUCCACCUGAGCCAGCCAGUAUGUGUCGACGUCCCAUCGGAGACAGAAGCAGUCCUGGGGAAAAACAUGAUGUUGACUUGCAUCUCCUGUAUGAGGAGGGAGGAGGUCAAAGCAAAGACAACUGUGGAGUGGUACUACAUGCCAAAAAAUGAAAAAAACAUCACAAAAAUUAACAUAUACAAGUUUGAGGAUGACACACCAGUAGAAUUGGAUGGACCAUUUAAGGGCCGCCUGACCUGGAAUGGGAGCCAGGACUUACAAGAUGUCUCUAUUCAAAUCCUUAACGUCACCUUUAACGACAGUGGUAUCUAUGAGUGCAACAUUCUUCGCGAGUUUAAGUUUAACUUCUUCACUCCCUCUGCCCUCACCACGAAGAACAUCACACUGAGGGUGAAAGAGAAAGCCAGUGAAGACACCACAGCACUCUACUCUGAGAUCAUGAUGUAUGUGCUGCUGGUGUUCUUGACCUUCUGGCUGCUUGUAGAAAUGGUCUACUGCUACAGGAAGAUCUCCAAGUCUGAUGAGCAGGCGCAGGACACAGCGACAAACUACCUAGCCAUUCCCUCUGAGCAGAAAGACAAUCCAGCCGCUCCUGUUACCGAAUAAAAGUGGUUGUCAUUGACACGGUAUUGACCAAUCACGAUGGGACUUCAGUGUCAUGUGACAGAAACAGCAUAGAGUCCACAAUCUCAUCUAUGCCACUAUGAAGGUAUCGUAACUCCCAGACAGCCAUGGGAAUCCUGCCAACUGACCUCCCCUGUGUAUCGACUGUGUCUAGUGAAGAGCCAGUCAAAAAUGUCCAAGUGCUCAAUUUUUCUCCCCCUUUUUCUCUCACCUUUUCUUCUUUUUACCUUCGUGCCAGGCAUCUGAAAUCAAGUGCUUUUACAAACAGCAGAACAAAAAUGUCAGUAUCCUGCACUUAUUAUCAGAAAAAUACCAGCCUUGCUUCAUUUGGACCUGCCAGUGCAUAGAGUUACUAAACAUUUUCUCUGUAGUUAGUGGUGCCUAUGUGACUCAUAACCUAUAUAGUCAGAUAUGAUCCAAGGAAAGAACCUGUCCUACUGUUGUCAAGGCUGUCAUACUGACUCUGUAGUCACUGUUUAGUUCAGUCUGUUUUAUUACAAUUUUAUAGAUCACGCUGAGAUUUUGGGUCACAGUUUUAUUUGUACUGGCCAAUAUCUUUUUGAUGUCUUUUUAAGGAAAAUGGAUUGCAUAGAUUUUAUACUGUAUGGAUGUGCAUUUCUCUGUUUUUGUUGUAUGAAUCACUGUAACAGAAAUAUAUAAAAUGUACAAAACCGUAUCAAGUUACUCGAUUUCAGCUGAUCUGAAUUCAUCUAGAGGUCUUUCCUAUACUCUCCUCUGUGUUAAUCUUUAAUCCACAUUCAGCGCUAAUGUCAAAGUACAUUCAGUAGGUUAACUCUUACUGCAUAUAAUCACUAUAAAAUUUAUUCUUAGGCUUUGACUGUUGCUGAUGUUCUACAGUAGCAUUGCUAUUGAGACUAAAUGUGUGCCUAUUUCUAUAGUACAACACUGUAGAAAUGUAUGUAAUUUGUGAUUCAAUCAUACCGCGCUGUUCUUUGUCUAUUACAGAUGACAUCUCCUGUGUGAGUGAGCUGCUUUUGAACUAUUAAAUACAAUGCAUUCCACA